GAAGUCUUGGAACAUCCGUGUCUUCCGCGCGGCAGCAACUCCACGGAACUCCUCAUCGGCGAUGCCGACGCGCAGGCGGAUGCCGCAGCGGCUGGGGCCAAUGCCUUUCCGCCACUGAGCGCCACGUGGCAUGGCAAGGGACAAUACGAUGAUUGCGUGGAGAAGCUCACGGAACUCUUUGAUAAGAAUGCACCCUGUUACUUGCCCGCGUGCACCUUCAAUGGCCGAUACCAACCAACUUUGGGCGCCCGACGUUUCGUGGCAUUUUCCGCCUUCAGUUGGGUGGUGGAUGUGCUGGGCUUGCCGGCAGAGACUACGGCGCUGGAGGAUAUUGAGAAUGCGGCGAGGUAUGUGUGCAAAAUGGAUUGGGCCCUCCUGCACGAACGCUGGCAGUUGGGCGAACAAGCCUUGCAAACUCUCUGUUUUUCUGCCGCAUAUGUGGUAGUGCUGCUUCAUCACGGCCUAGGUUUUGACAAGAAAAGUCAACAGAUCAUUUUCGUGCCGCAGGGCAACAUCAGCUGGGCGAAAGGUGCCAUCAUUUGGGAAGCGAACAACCGCUUCAGUCGGCAACAACCGUUAUGCGUCCCAGCACGGCCAGCGGUUUUUCUGCCGUGCAACGAGCUGAUCUUCAGCACCGCAGAUCUCACACUGCUGCAUUGGUGCAGUGCCAGGACGGAGCACGGCCUCGUCCUCAACUGGUCCUCGCCCAUCUGCGUGGAGCAAUGUCCACAGCGUGGCACCAGCGUCUUCUGCCCGGAGGGGCUGGAGGUGACAGAGGAAGAACUGCGGGAAGGUGGCCGCAGGUUGCUGGUGAGAACUGAGAAGCAAAUGCUCGCGCCUCUCAAGGUGAAUCUGGACACAAAGCCGUGGAUGGAGCGCUACUGCGUGCCCGCAGCUGACCAACCCUUUGAGAUUUGGAGACGUUGGACAACAUCAG